UUUUUUUGCCAAACCAUCGUCGUUGUCGCCGCUACCCAUAAGGGCUACCUUCCAUUGGGUAUUGUGUGUCAUUAGCUUUAGCUCAGUUGGUUGGAGCGCCAAACCCUAAUAGUGGAAGAUUGACUAGUCCUGGUAACGGUGGAAGAACAAUUGGUGCUGUUCGCAGAGGUCCACUUAUGGUCAACACUCGCCCAUCAUCUUCUGCUAUUGCCAAGUCUAAUCGCAGAACCAAGCCUUUCCUGAUGCAUAAUGAUUUGUUUGAGGAUAGCCUUAGAGCUGCAGGAAUUCAAGGAGUAGAAGCCGACACAAAGUUGUAUGUUUCAAACUUGGAUCGUGGAGUAACCAAUGAAGAUAUAAGGGAACUUUUCUCUAAGCUUGGAGACUUGAAGCACUAUGCUGUUCAAUUUGACAUUGAGCAAUCUUCUCAUAAUGCAAUUGAUAAGUUAAAUGGUUCUGGUCAGUCUAAUGGUUAUGGUUCUUUUCAAUUUAAUAAUGUUUAUGUGAAAAAACCUAUCUGAAUGGAUGAGUUGAGAAAGGUAUUUGGAGAAUAUGGCACCAUUACUAGUGUUGUUUUGAUGAGAGAUGCAGAUGGUAGGUCAAAGUGUUUUGGUUUUGUCAAUUUCGAAAAUCCAAACAAUGCUGCUAAUGUUGUGGAGGUAUUGAAUGGGUGUCCUGAUUUUGAUUCUAGGAAUAGUGGGUGUCUUGAUUCUGGGAAUAGUGGUCCCGCAGAUUGUGGUUUCCUUGGGAAGUAGACUGUGGGAUCAGAUUUUUGGUAGAGGGAACUCUCUCCAGCCUUUGUUGUGACAGUUGUUGCAGCCCUUAUGAGUGGGCUCUUAGCUGACAGAUUUGGAAGAUUUGCAAUUCAAUUGAUGGGAUUCUUCUUGGUGCACGGUUAUUCUCUCUUCGAUGGUUCCAGAUCUACCCUUACUCUCCAAUUUUGAUCAACGAAAAUAUGUGUCAUUGUUCAAACAGUUGUUAUCUCUCCUGUUUUGGACGCAUUUUUUUAUUUCGUUGAUCGAUCACGACUUUGUUUCGUAAUAGUCGCGUUGCUUCUUCUUCGGUGUUUGUCAUGCAAUUUAGUUAUUAUUAAUAGAUUAUAAUAGUGGUUUAUAUUUCUGCCGACGAUCAUUCUGGUGGUGUCCCUUUUUCCACAUAUGAAUUAUAUUAGUGAUGACUU